UGUAUUUUGCCUCUUGGUCCUGCCUUGACCAUAUGUAGUUAUGUUUCUUCCAUACAUUAGUCCCCACUCCUUAAAACUUAAAACCCUUCUUCUUAUUUUCUAAUUUCCACCCUAUAAAUCACAAAAUAAUCCUACUAUUUUCUUCUACUAAUCUUCUUUUACUUCUAAGUAGUUUUUUAUUUGAAAACACUCAAGAAAAUUGUGCAUGUCAUACAUGGAUCUAAGACCCUCCACCUUCAUCAUCAAUUGCUUCCUUCUCUUUCUCAUAGUCACUUUCUCUAGAGGGGGAUCGGAAACAUUGGAUUCAGAGAUUUAUGAGAUUGAUUAUAAAGGUCCUGAGACUCACUCGUUUGUGCCUCCACCUGAUCAUUCCCAUGGUAACCCUCAUUCACCUCAUCACAAAACCCCUGCAGCUGCAACCAAAGUUAUGGGUUUAGUGGAUAUUGAUGUUACCAUGAAACAAAAGGUUAAGGAAAUCCAUGGAUGAAAAGCUUUACAAUUACAUGUGAUCUAUGAUAUCGUGCUCGUGUAUGGAUGCAAAUAUAUAAUAGUAUUCUACUUAAAUGAGACUUUAAGAUUCUCUUCAAUACUACGAACUAUGUUUCUUAAGUUACGAUUACUCUAACUAAUUGAAAAUUAGUGAUUGAAGAA